CGAGCAAAAGAAAGAAGAAAUCUUUCGCACCUCCUCCAUGGGCAAGAGCAAAACCAACUUUCCCUUGGGGGUUCCCGUGGUCGUCUUCCACGGCUUCCACUCCCUUCGCGCAGCCGUUACCCAGUUUCCAUUUUCUGCCCCAGUAUCGACCUAACCCGGCAAACGCCCACCGGCGGCCAAGCAAUUAGCUCAUCAAGCAAACUAGACCAGAGCCUUCUUUCAUCGAUCAAGAACAUCAAACUCGACCAGAAUCUGCAACCUUUCAGUUCGAUCCGUUGCAAGAACUUGCUGGGACAGGCGCGAGGAAGCGAGAAGGGGGUGGUUGCGUUCAGGGAGAAGAAGACGACGACGACGCUGCGAGCUUCCCGCUUCCCGACGGCUCGGCCGGGCCAGCGAGGCGUGGCAGUGGCACCGGUGGGAUGGCCCCUCUGGCGCUGAGGCGUAACCCGCCGCUCUUCUCCAAGACGCCGGCGUCCCUGCUCCUGCUCUCCAAGCUGCUCACCCUGUACUGUUGAGCACCUUGCGGGCUUGUGUUUCUCGGUUGAAUCAUGGGCGGCACGACCUCAUCGACGGGGCGUGGUGGGGGGACGUCGCUGGGGGACCUGCCGGAGAACUGCGUCGCGGAGGUGAUGCUCAGGCUGGACCCAACGGAGAUCUGCGGGAUGGCGCGGCUCAGUCGCACGUUCCGAGGCGCUGCGUCCGGGGACGGCGUCUGGGAGGCCAAGCUGCCGCGCAACUACGCGCGCCUCCUCGCUGCAGCCGCCGCCGGCGACGACAGCGAGGAAGCCGCCGCGUUGGAGCUGGAGGCGAUCCCAAAGAAGGAGGUGUACGCGCGGCUCUGCCGCCGCAACCGUCUCGACGGGGGCACCAAGGAGUUCUGGCUCGACAAGGUUGGUGGAGGCAUUUGUAUGGCAAUCUAUUCAAGGGCGCUUUCAAUAACUGGCAUUGAUGAUAGGAGAUACUGGAACUUCAUCACAAAUGAUGAAUCAAGGUUCCAUUCGGUUGCUUAUCUGUCCCAAAUCUGGUGGUUUGAAGUCAGGGGUGAGGUUGAAUUCUUCUUCCCAGAAGGUACAUAUAGUCUGUUUUUCCGUCUUCAUCUAGGCAGACCAUUCAAGCGGCUCGGUCGCCGGGUUUACAGUGCUGACCACAUCCAUGGCUGGGACGUAAAGCCGGUGCGCUUCCAACUAUCAACUUCUGAUGGGCAGCAUGCUCAGUCCAAGUGUUAUUUAACUGAUCCAGGUGUCUGGAUCAAUCACCAUGUGGGCGAUUUUGUCGUGAAGAACUCGAACGAGCCACUGAAUGUCCAAUUUGCGAUGGUUCAAAUAGAUUGCACACACACAAAAGGAGGCUUAUGUGUGGAUUCAGUCGUUAUAAAACCGCAAUACCUUGCACAGAAAAUGGCAGCUAGGACGAGCUCUGUAUAGAUUCGUGGGACAAAUGGACGUGACUAUCUGUACAAACAACAUAGCUUCGUUUCCGCCAUAGUGUGCUUGCGGUUAUCCAAGUUCGUCUCGGUUCUCAAUCCUGUAUUGUAAUUGAAACAGUGAGUGAUUUUUUUUAUUUCCUCUUGUCCCAGUAGGAGCAUCCCACACUUGUAAAUUGUGAGCUCAUAGACAUAUAUCUGCUUUGUUCUGUACUUCUGUGGCGCCUGAUCCUUGUGUACCAAAAGCUUGGUUGAAGCAAAAUUUUCUAUGA